ACUUUCAACCUCUUUGACCUUGUUCUAUUCGUUCAUUCGAUUAGAUAAAUACGGUUAUAGUGAUUUUCAACAUAUUAAUUCUUGUUAUGAUAAAAUUAAAAUCGGUGAGUUUAUUGUAAAUUAUCGUUUAUGAAUUAGUGACAAUAUGUUGGAACCUUUUUUAAGUCAAUUAAACGAAAUGAGAAUCAUUUUAGCUAGCAGUUCCAAGCAACGUGUUUCGUUAUUAAGUAGUACGAAAUUAAAAUACGAAAUAAUACCAUCGAGUUACGAGGAAAAUUUAGAUCCGAAAAAAUAUACUUUUUCGGAAUUCGUAGAAAAAACAGCGAUAGGAAAAUUAUCAGACGUAUUAGAAAAAAUAAAAAAUGAUAAGAUCAAACCGGAUGUUAUUAUAGGUGUAGAUACGAUGGUUGCCUAUAACGGAAGAAUGUACGGGAAACCAAAAUCUAGAGAAGAUGCUAUUAAAACUAUAACUGAUUUAACGCAAUCUGGUAUACCAAAUUCGGUGUAUACAGGCGUAGCGAUAUGGUACAAAAAUAAAAUUCAUAAAUUCACAGAAGUCACUACUGUUUAUAUGCAUAAGUUAGAUCAUCAGGAAAUUUUAUCUUACGUGGAUACUGGAGAACCAAUGGGAAAAGCUGGUGGUUAUGGAAUCCAAGGAAUCGCAAGCACUUUUGUAUCAAGAAUAGAAGGUGACUGUAACAACGUCAUCGGGCUACCUCUUUGUAGAUUAACAAUUGAAUUGAAAAAUAUUUUGAAAAAUGAAUAAUUUCCAAUCGAUAAUUUUGUAUGUCUUACACCUUCAUUUACAUACUUUGUAUUAAUGGACAAAAGUUCUUUCAAAUAGCAUCAAAUUUAUAAAAAUCGGAUAAGCAGAACCAGACUUACAAGCAUUGUUUCAUAACAUGAUUCCCACUCUCCCCCACAUCUUAUUUGAAGAGAUAGACUAAACUUUUGAAAAAAAAACGCGUAGAAUUUGUUGACAAUUUAGAUUAUUGUAUAAAAAGUGCUACUUAAUUCGGUGAAUUUUGAAGAAAUUUCAAUUUGGACCCAUAAUUGUGAAAAUAAUUUAUUGGAGAAAUAUUUUCACUGUGUGGAUUCCCGAAAUAUUAUUUUUAUUACAGAGAAAAUUGUUACGGCGAAGUAUCUAGCCAAGAAGAACGAAAACAGUCUUUUCAUAAUCAAUAUUUCCAUUUUUCUAACGUUGGUUUCAGCAACUACGUCCCUGGCCAUCAGAAUCAAUACUCCCAAUAUUAUCAAUAGAGCUUUAGCGAUUUCCCGCCGAUAUACACCUUUCAUUACCAGAUAUUCCCAUCCAUAUGAUUUCAAAUGCAAUGGAAAACGAAUUUAUUUUCCGAGUCACAUAAUUACAGUUUGUUUACGUUCAAUUUAAUAAAUUAUUUCUCAUUACUUUCGAAUUUGUGUUCUUAAUUAAUCGAUUUUAUCUUUAUCUAUUCAAUGUGGUUUGUUCACAACAUUCUAAUAGAAUGAAACUGAAAUUAAUACUUUAUAAUAAAAGUCUUACGCUUUUACAUUUGUUGUAUUUUAUACAACAUAAAAAACAAUUUUUUUAAUCCAAUCAUAUCAAAAAUUAUGAAAAAUGUCUAUAAACAAUUGUGAAUCUAAAUAAAGUUGCAACAACCCGUUAUACAGAUACAUAUAAAUGUUGCCUAAGCUACAGUAAUUUUAUAUAUUUUAUAAGAAAUUUCAAUUUAAUUCAAAUUACGUCACAAAGAUAGUAGAUUAGUUACAUUGCGUCUUUUCUAAAUAUAGUAACAGAUAAAAAAUAUAAAUAUGUUUGUAGGCAUUGUUAUGCAAAGCAAAAAAUCAUAUUUCGAAAUUGUCUGUAGUCAUCAACUGCAAACGAUCUCCCCUUUUAUCGUUGUGAUACAUGAUAUUUUAUGACAGAAGAUAUGUUACGUAAGGAAUUUGAUGACAUAUUGCUUGCACAUUUUGAAAAGUCGUUUACAAAUUUGUUUUCUAAUUGUAUCACACACGUAAAUAAUGAUGAUGUUAAAAGUAAUUUUAUAUAAUAGAACAUUUUUUUUAAUUGAAAUUUUUGUUGCAUAAAAUCUUUACACUUGAA